CCUCAAUAAAUUUGUAUUUUAACCGGUUACCCGUAACAUCCAGCUCCGUUCUCAGUUUGAUCGCUUUCUCAAAAGAGAACUGAGAAAAGAAGCAGAGAGGGACAGGAGAUGGGAAGCUGGGAGGCUGUGAUCUCUGUAGUGUUGGGUGUGAUCAUGAGGAAGAGCAUCUGCCGGUUCCAAGAGAUGGGAAAGAUGGCCAUGGAGUUCAUAUCGGUCCUCUCGACGGCGCUCAGGUUUUCAGGACUGCUUUUCCGGCGGCCGGUGCCGGUUCCGACCACGUAUUCCCCCAUGUCAUCAGUGGCGACCAGAGGAUUCACAGCUUUGACGGUGCAAUAUCCAUUACAUCAACAAAGAAGUCUGCAAGAAGCAAUCAGAUGUUGUGGAAGUAAGUUUAAGUCAGUGGAUCUAUCACUGAAGGAAAAAACUUAACAGCAAUGCAGCAAAGCAAUUUAGCAUAUACCAGUCUUCCUUCGUGAAGCAGAGAGGCGGCGUUAUACUGAACACAUUCCCAUGAAAGCCACCUUUGGCCGACCCGUACACCCAUAUCUGAGAAAUUAGAAACACUAGUCAGAGAUUGCUUGAUACCUAUCAUUACAAGAAAAGUUUUUCUUUCCCAUUCUGUAAUUAGGCACUUCGGACCAUGCAUCCUAACUUCAGAUCAGUGUAGUGGUUAUAUAGCUUAGAAGUGAAGCUGUAAUUGCAUCAACUUAUAAUUCUCUGACAACGAGAUUUAGGCUGCAGUAUGGUUCGUUGUACCAGCUCGAAUCGAGCGGCAUGUGAUGUAUCAUACUGUACUAAUUUGGUACUGGUAUUCUUUGGUAGGAGAGGUGUACCGAGUUUAUCAAUACGGUAAAAAAAGAAAAUCUAUGUUGUACCAUACCGAUAUAGGGCUAGUGUGGCACUGGUAUGGAUGUGGUAUUGAGAUGGCGAAUUUUAGGCUGCAGAAAAAUCUUCUGUUUGUAAGGCACAUCGAUCAAUUUAAAGAGGCUUUUCAAACA